AUGGAAAGGGAGGACUCUGUGAUUUCAGGGCUGACAACUGAGGGCGAUGAAGUUCCCCACAGCAUCAAGGAUAUUGAGAGGCCAGCUGAGGAGGGUAAUGAAUCAGGGCUCGAUCCGGAAGAGGUCAAGGAAGGAUCAUGGGAUACCGAAGAUCCUAGGCCAAUGGAAUCUGCUCUCCUGAAGGGCCUCAAAUUUGAAUUGAGCUUGGACAGCCAGCGCAGCAGGGAAUCUGCCCCUACACCGGCUAGCCCAAAUGUGCUGGAUUGGUGGAAUGAAGCGGGCACUCCCACUGAGGCAAACGAGCUCCCCAGUAGGAAAUCCAUGCUUGGGCAGGCCGAGAGUAUCCACCAGUAUGGCAGAUCAUCUGAGCAGUCCGAGCUGUCCAGAUUCAGUGACCAGGACGGAGAGCUCGCCCGUGAACUGACAUACGAGGAAGUCAGGGUGGAUGCGAUGGAGCCGCGCUGCCCGGAUGCCAUGCUCAGGAUCGCUGACUUGGAGUCCGAGAAUGCAGAGAUCAGCGCUCAUAUGCAUGCGGCCGAGCAGCAGCUACAGCAAGGCAUGGCAGAGCUUGCGCAGCAGCGCUCGGACAACGAGCAGGAGCUGCAGCAGCAUUGCAAGGAGCAACAGGUCUUCAUCGGUGAGCUGAAAAGCACGAUAGAGGAGCAGGAAUGUGCGGCCCAGAUUCUGCAAGAAGAGAAGCUGGCCCUGUUAGAGGCUGCGGGCGCCAACAAGGGUCUUGAGGGGACAUGUGGGAAGCUGCAAGGGGAGUUGGAGGAACUGGAGGCUGCCAUGCGCUCACAGGAAGCUGAGCUGCAUGCGCUGGAGCAGGAGAACCUGCAGCUGCAGGGGCAGCUGCAGGCCAGCGACGAGGCCUGUGGGGUUUUCAGAUCAUCUGUCGGGGAACUCCAAAGGGAAAUGGCCGGCCUCGACGCCUCUGCGUCAGACCUGCGCCGCACUCUGCGAGGCCAUGUGGCCUCAGAACAGUCCCUAAGGACUGAACUUGAAGAGCUACAGGCCCAGCUGGAGGCCAUGCAGGAGGAGAAACAAGCAGUCCUGGAUGCGCAUGUUGCCGAGAUGGAAGUGCAGAGCGGGCAGUACGCAGACCUCGCUGCUAAGCUACGCAGGGCAGAGGCUUUGAUCAGUGCGCAAGAGCAUCAGUUGACUGCGGCCCAGGAGCAAAAUUUGGAAACUAAACGGAAGCUGAGCAGAAGCGAGGAGGAGCUCGCGGUAGCCUUGCAGCAAGUGAUCGCAGGCAAGCAUGAUGCUGACACAGUCAGAUCAAUCGCAACAGACACAUAUGAACCAACCGACCGUGAAUCAAAGCUUGCCACACUAGAGGAGCGAUGGACCGCACUGGAAGCCCAGAAGGCAGAAGGGGAGGCGCGACUGGCCAGCCUGCAGCAGGAGGCUGACGAUGCGCUGGACAUGGCGGAGAAGGCCACUGCCGGGCUGCAGCACCAAUUGGUCCUGCUGGGGAGUGAGAGGGACGAGCUCAAGGCUGCGCUGGCCAGCCAAGUGGCGGCUGCGGCCGAGGGCACCAGGCGCCUGGAAGCCCUGGAGCAGGAGAUGGAAGAUGCCACCAAGAAGGUUGCCCAGGCGGCAACGGAGCAGGCGGCUAGGGCGCUGGCUAUGUACGCGGCGGAGGCUGCCAGCCUGAGGGAGCAGCUGGCAGAAGCUCAGGCGUCACAGGACGCGCCUGGAUCAGCCCGGGCCGGCAUGGGAACGCUGCACAAACGGAAUGCGAGCCUGCUGACGUCUGGUGGGCUGUCUUACACCAGAACGAUGGCCCUGCAGGAGGAGGUCGAGGCCAAGAGGGCGGAGGUCGCCCAGCUGAAAGCCCAGCUCAUGAUGGAGCAGGUGGUGGCCGCAGAUCCGGGCUGGCAACGUCACGGGCACGACGAUGCCGAGCUCCUGAUCAGGGAGACAGAGGAGCUGCGCAGGGAGCUGGACGCAGUCAAGGCCCAGAAUGCAGAACUUCAAGCAGCAAUUCAAGAAUCAAGCCAUUUCAAGGACAUUGCGGGAUCACAGCCGCUGGAGCGGAAGUUGGCGAGCUACGAGGGCGAUGGGUGGCUGGAGCAGUGCUGUGCGUCGUUGGCAGAGCAGCUGAGGGUGGCACAGGCGGAGAACGUGGAGCUGCAGAAGACCGUUGAGGAGCUGCGGGGUGACUCAUCUGGGCAGUCAUCGCCCAUGGCCUGGGACGGCACGCGCACGAGCUCUGGCCACUUUGAGUCCGCCCUGGAAAUGGAGACCAGCAGUCAGGGCUCCCGGCAGUCUCGGGCUCGCACUAACAGCUGGACGUCACAGCGGAGCCUGGAGGCGCAGAUCGCGACACUGCGGCAGCAGCUGGACAUCUCAGCGGCCACGGAGGUGGAGCUGCAGAGGGAGAUCGACCUGCUGCGCAAGGAGGGCGGCGCGGAGGCGGUUGCGAGCGCGGUGGCUGUGGCGGUGGCGGCGCGCGACAGCGAGCUAGGAGCGAUGCAACGGCACAUGGCGGAGCUGGAGGAUGCCCUUCACCGCGCGCUGGCAGAGGCGGCCGAGGCGCAAGAGGAGUCCCUGGACAUGCGCAACGCCUGUGUCCACCUCGACGCCGCCCUGCGCGACUCCGAGGCCAAGCGGGGUGCGAUGCAGCAGGAGAAGCACAUGCUGGAGGCGCAGCUGCUGCAGACGGCGGGCGAGGUGGCCACGGCCGAGCGCGAGCUCACGGGCAGCCAGCUCAGCAGCCUGGCGUCCGCGCAAUCCUCCUCCAUGGCCUACUCCAGCGACAGCGAUGACAGCGACGGCACCGCCAGUGCCGGCGGCUCACCCCUGCCGCGCUCGCACAUCGGCCGCCUGGCGGAGGCAUCCACGCGCGAGGUCGAGUCCCUGCGCGCCGAGAACGAUGCCAUCAUGAAGGAGCUUGUGGAGAAGAAGAUGGAGCUGGCAGAACUGCACGAGGAGCUGAUCAAGAUGAGCCACGCGCAUGCACAUGCACAGCAUGACAGUCCCAAGAAGACGUAA